AGCUUUACCUUACCUAUCUCAUGGGGUAAGAUUAAUGGGACAGGUGUGAAAUUUUACCAACGUGUAAGCAGGGGCGGACUGACCAUUCACAUUCAGGAGCAGGGGCGGACUGACAACUCAUGGGGCCCCCGGGCAAUAGGGGAUCAUGGGGCCCCUGUGUCCUUGCCCAAACUCAAAAAAGCCUAUGAAAAAGGUAUCAGGGACAUCUCAUGGGGCCCCCUACUGACCCCGGGCCUUCGGGCGGUGCCCGAGUUUCCAAAUGGUCAGUCCGCCCUGUUCAGGAGU